ACGAGUAAUAAAAUACUAGUGGCACCAUGGUGCAUGGUGUACACAUCACCUUGGAAUAUCAGACCCUAAUCCCGAGCGCUGCACACGGCAGAUCGAUCACACUGCAGCGCAGUGCAGGCACAUCCACGCACAUGCCGAGACCUCGGUCCAGAAAGAUUAAAAACUAACCCAGGAUCGCUACCACUCGAAGGAAAGCCCAACCACCAAAGAUCAGCUCCUUCCGUUCGCGCUUGCGCCCCCGCAGGCGGCGUCGACGACUCACCAGUCACCACCGGACCGGACCACGACAUCCUCGCUUCACCCCUUCUUCUCACUCGCGUCACGGCGGUCAGGCUCCCGGCCUCCGCCUCCAUGUGAUGUGACUGCGUGCAGCGUACACGCGACGCUAGCUGCGGCACGCUAAAGAUCUCACCCGGCCCGCCGCUCGCCGGCCAAAAAGAGGAGGAAGAAGAAGCCGGACGGGAAGUCCCAGGCCUGACCUGACCGCCGGGCCUGAGGGGAGAGAACGACGACGACGACGAUGGGGCUGCUGUCUCACCGGGUGGAGCGGUCGGAGAUGAGGCCCGGCGACCACAUCUACACCUGGCGCGCCGGCUACACCUACUCCCACCACGGGAUCUACGUCGGCGGCAGCAAGGUGGUGCACUUCACGCGGAAGAAGGAGGCGGGCACGGCGGGGCUGGACUCUGCCAUCGCCGUGUCGAGCCUCCUCCUCUCGCAGGGUGGCGCCGACGAGUGCCCGACGUUCCCGGACUGCGGCUUCCAGCUCCCCGACAGCGGCGUGGUGCUCACCUGUCUGGACUGCUUCCUCCGCGGCGGCGCGCUCCACCGCUUCGAGUACGGCGUCCCCGCCGCCGCGUUCCUCGCCAAGCUCCGCGGCGGGACCUGCACAACCGCGCGCGCCGACACCUCGGACGCCGCCGUGCGCCGCGCCAUGCACCUCCUCCAGAACGGCUUCGGCGACUACGACGUGUUCGAGAACAACUGCGAGGACUUCGCGCUCUACUGCAAGACAGGGCUCCUCCCCGCUGCCGCCGCGGGCGGAGACGGCGACGGCGACGGCGACGGUGGGACUGGGACCGGGAUCGGGAUGAUCGGGAGGAGCGGGCAGGCCGCGUCGGCCGUCGGCGUGCCGCUGGCCGCGCUCUUCUCCACGCCGUUCAAGCUCCUGGCCGCCGGCCCGCUCGGCAUGGCCGCCGUCACCGCGGGCGUGUACUGCGCCGGCAGGUAUAUUACCGACAUCGGGGUGAGGAAGGACGUGGUGAAGGUGGAGGUGGAGGACCUCGCGGCGCACCUCGGCUGGCGCCGCGCCAAGGCUCAGGAGGCGGCGGCGGCGGUCAAGAAGCAGCAGCAGCAGCCUGAGAAGAAGAAGGCGGCCAAGAGCUUGCUUCCCCUGAAGCGGAAACGCGAGAUUUGCGUUUGAUUUGGUGUGUGUGAAAAUGCGAAUAGAUUUCGUUAUUAGUUACUGCUGCAUAGAAAUUAAUAAGUCCCAUAUAGAUAGAUGUCGAAGCGUCUUAGCUCUUGAUCAAGUAAGUGUGCUUUGAUCUAUAGUUAAUUUAGUUGAGCAUUGCUUUUACUUUGAGGUUGAUCCUUUUUUCAGAAGAAUUAGAUUUUGUUGGUUGUUCUUUGUACUCUGUAUCUGAUAUAGCUCAAGAGUUCAGUCAAAAUGGUUUGUCAGGCUUCUUCUACAGACUGGAGCUUAGCUCAAGAACCACCAUCUUCGUUUCUUCAUAAUUGCAACGAGCAAGAUAUUUGUGAA